GACUUCGGCCGCGCGGCGGAACUCAAAAAGCGCGAGGAGGACCUGCUGCAGGUGGCCGGCGGCGGCGAGGCUGGCGGCGCCGCCGCCGCCGGAGCCGCGCUGGCGCUGCUGGGCCAGCUGCCGCCAGAGCAGCUGCUGCAGGCCUGCAGCCCCGCUGUGGCAGCGUGCUGCGCAGGCGCUGGGCCCGAGAUCUGGGAGCGCGUCGCCGCAGAGCUCCGCUCCGGACCCGCUUCGUGA